UCUCAAAUGAUGCACGUUUGUUAUAUUGUCUGAAACUCAGAAGUAAAAUUUCAAUUGGAUGAAAACUAGUAGGACGAAUUCUCUCGAUACCGUUUAGCAAAUCGUCAGUCUGUACUAGUACCACUGGCAAUCCUCGGCUGAUUCCGCUACGCUCCAUACAUUAUGCGCGAAACAACCCGAGUAGUUCCGAGUUGGGGUAGUAAACAAAGCAUGGUCGUCCGUCCAGUUUUGAACCGUGUCUUGCGACACCGAUGCUUAAAUAUUUCCAGAAUGCAUACGUCCACACAGGCAGGUGCAAAUUCAACAAAUGGGAAACACAGAAAAAGCUUCACGGUAUGUGUGGAAGGAAAUAUUGCCAGUGGAAAAACUGCAUUUUUAGAAUACUUCAAAAAGAACAAGAAUGUUGAGAUUUUUGAAGAACCAGUCAAGAAAUGGAGAGAUGUCCAUGGGAACAAUGCUCUUGCUAUGAUGUAUGAAGACCCGACUAGAUGGGCGCUAGCCUUACAAACUUACAUACAGCUGACAAUGUUAGAACUCCACCAGAGUGAAACGGAUAAACCGGUGAAAUUAAUGGAGCGCUCUAUUUACAGUGCCAAGUACUGCUUUGUGGAAAACCAUUUCAAAAGUGGUAUGAUGCCAGGCCUGGAGUAUGUAGUACUUACAGAGUGGUUCAACUGGAUCAUAAAGAACAACCACUGUAAUGUGGACCUGAUAGUUUAUUUACAAGCCAAACCUGAGACUGUGUACCAAAGAAUCAGGAACAGAAAUAGACAUGAAGAGCAAAAUAUCUCACUGGAUUAUCUGAAGUCAUUGCAUGACCUUCAUGAAGACUGGCUUGUGAAAAGAACCAAAUUUUCUUUGCCAUCAAAAGUUUUGGUUAUCCCAGCUGAUAAUGAUUUAGAAGAAAUGCACCGGAUUUAUGACAAAAAAGAAAAGGAAAUCUUGUGCGGAGUUUAGUGAGACUGAACAUGCACAAUUGUGCAGUUGGGAAUAAGAACAGUAUUAUUGUUCUUGUCUUAAGUAAAUGUACAAAUGUUCUAUCUAACGAAUAGGGAUAAAUGGUCAACAGGUGAAAGAAGAUAAAACUUGGGCAUUAUUAUACACUGGCAUGUUCAUGAAUUAAAAAGGUGUUUUACCAUAGGUAGAGAAGGGGUCUUUAACUACCGUAAAAUAUACAUAGCCACUGCCAGCAACUGAUUUUAUUUGACACUUUAUUGUGUUCGACAUUCCUUCAAUGAACUUAUUUUAAAUUUUGAUGUGUUCUAUGCCAAACAAGAAAUUUUAUUUUUGGAUCAGUGAUACCUGAUCAUGUGUUCAUAAGAACACUACCUCAAAUUUUGUGUUAACAGUAAACACUUAGUUUAAUCUUGUGAACUCCAGUUUUAGUAUACAUACAUAAAUGUACCAUUGAUGGACAUGAUUCAAACUCAUCUAAUAGAGUCAACUUUUUUAACUCUAACACAUAUUUGUAAGAAGUUGUUCAUGAAUUUCAAUAUGAAUUCAGAUGUUGUAUGUUCCGUUUCUUUGUUUUCAUUUUGUUUUUAGUUUAAACUAGAAGUCUGUAAAUAUACAUGUAUAUGUAUUUAAGAAAUCCAGAGUGAAUGGCAUUACUGUAGAAAAAUGACCUGUUUAUACAUCGGUGUUGUUAAGUGUAUGUGAUAGAUUAAUUUUAAGGUAGUGUUCAAUAUGCAUUCUGUUCAAAUAAUAUUUUCCUGCAUAAUUGCUUUUACAUGUAGUAUUUUUAUAUUGUUUUUAUAUUGUGUUUACCUAUGUAUUACUAUUAUAUUGAAUCUGAAGAUACAGACUUUGUUCAUUUGCUAAUAUUUUAGUUGGAAAAUAUGCUUAAUUUCAAACAUGUUUUUGUUUAAAUUUGAUAGGGAAAAAAUCAUUGUAUAAAAAUGUCAAAUACAUUGGAGAUGUUUGUAGCAUUCAACAUACAUAUUUGAUAGAAAAUAGUUUAAUGUGUAUGAUGUUAUUUCCAGUGACUAUUGCUCAAAUCAUACACAUGCAGGGCAUUAAAGUUUGUGUAAUAAUGGUAUAUUUACUGCCAAGUAAGGAAAUAAUUGUCCAGGAUGUUUCCUGAAACAAAAUUAUGAUGUCAGUCUGUUUAUAUGCACAUGUAAAUAUGUUUCAUGAUCGAUACAUGUUCAAUAAAUAUUUAAUAUAUACA